UUGUAUAACAUAGGUAGUAUUUUUAAUAUUAAUAAUUAUAUUAGAUUUAUUAUACAAUAAUUAAUAUAAUACCUUUUCCAUUGUUUCUUUAACAUUUUACGACAAUAAAUAAUCACAAUUAACUAUAAACAGUAUUAUAGGAUGAUGCAUGAGACUUAAGGUUGAGCUAUAAAUUAUAAAAAUUUGUUUUUCAUUUCAAUAUCUGUUAUAAGUAUUUUUGAAUUGUUUUGCUGACCCUUUUUAAAUCAUGAAUUUCCAAUUGAAAAAACCUAGUGUAGUUUUAAAACAUCUCAAUUCUAUUGUUGAGAAUAAAAUAGCUAAAGAAGCUUCUACAAAAUCAUCGCUUAGUGAUGUGAUAUUUUUACAAAAAGAACAGAAGACAAAUGGAUAUAAGACUACAUUUAAUAGUGAAGUUAAUAAUCCUACAACAACUUAUGAACAACUUCAAACUACAUUGAUUCAAAACUCAAACCGAAAAAUAGAAUCAACUACUAUUGAAAAAAAAAACUUAAAUAAACCUACUACAGAAAUAUUGGAAUCUCAAAAACCAAACAAAAAAGAAAAUAUAAAUAACAAGACAAUUAGAAGUACUACCAAAAUCAAUAAAAAUAGUUUAUUCAACAAUGUGACUUAUACAUCAGAAAGAAGUGAAAUUUUACAUCAUACUCAAAACAAUGAAAGGAAUAAUUAUUGUGAUCCAAAUGUAUCAAACAAAAUUUUAUUAAAUGAUGAAAAUAUUAAUGAACUUGAUGUUGCAUCUAUCCACACUAUUCCAAAAUUAGAAGCUCACAUAAAAAGUUUAGAAAAAAUAGAAUAUGAAAUGUUACAAAAAGUGUUUAACAUGUUUGUAAAUAUACCAGAGAAGUUAGCCAUUAACAUUCCUGGUCUUCGAGAUCCAUCAUCUUUACCUCAUCUUAAAAAAGUUCGACAAAAAAUAAAAAAUAAAUUAAGGGUUGCUAAAGCACAAUUGAAAAGUCAACAAAAAAUUCCAAAUAUUGAGAACUCUUCAGUUUUGGAUGAUAUCUUUGUUGCAUCUGAUGAAGAUGAAAAUUAUGUAAAUAGAAUCUCAGAAAAUGCUCUUGAUGAUACUCAAUUAGUACACGAUAAGAAAUUAAAUUUUCCAAUAAAGUUAAAUAAAAAUUCUCAAAUUAAAGCAUCACUGGCUGAAAAUAAUGUUAACAACUUAUCAUGCACAAUGACAUCAUCAAAAAAUAAUUUAGAAGAAAAUCUUUACAAGCCUGAAGUAAGUUCAAAUUUGAGCUGUCUGAAAUCUACUACUAGUUUUCAAACAACCAAUAAAACAAUAGAUGUUAGUACAUAUCAACCAAUUCAAACAGAUCAUAUAAAUACCAGUAAUAACAAAGAUCAAUAUUUAAGUGCAAACUCAUCCAUGGAGGAGUUCACCAAAACUGACUAUAAUUUUUCUUGGGAACUUUUAGCAGUUUUUAAAAAAACUUUUGGACUUCGAAAUUUUCGUCCUAACCAAUUUGAAGCUAUCAAUGCUGCUCUGCUUGGACAUAAUUGUUUCAUUUUAAUGCCAACUGGUGGUGGAAAAUCAUUAUGCUACCAAUUGCCUGCAGUUAUAUCAAAAGGUAUAACCAUUGUGAUAUCACCAUUAAAAUCAUUGAUUAUUGACCAGACUCAAAAAUUAAAAUCUUUAGAUAUAUCAGCAGCUCACUUAUUAAGUAGUAUUACUCCCGAUGAAGAAAAUACAAUUUUUUCUGAACUUUGGGGAGCUGAUCCAGGAUUAAAAUUGCUGUAUGUUACUCCUGAAAAAGUUGCGGCUAGUAAUAAAUUAACACAAGUACUAAACAACUUACAUUGUAGGAAUUUACUAGCUCGAAUAGUUAUUGAUGAAGCUCACUGUGUGUCACAAUGGGGUCAUGAUUUUAGACCAGACUACAAGCGGUUAGAUGUAUUCAAACAAAAUUAUGAAAAUGUUCCAAUUAUGGUACUAACAGCUACAGCAACCCAACGUGUUCGUAAAGAUGUUUUGCAUCAACUUAAUAUUGAAGAAACAAAAUGGUUUGUAUCCAGUUUUAAUCGACCUAAUUUAAUUUAUGAAGUGAUUCCUAAAAAAGGUAAAUCUUCAUUAUUAGAAAUUGCCAAUUUAAUAAAAUCAAAAUUUGUACGUCAGUCUGGUAUAAUUUAUUGUAUGACUAAAAAAGAAUGUGAUAAUACUGCUCUUUUUUUAUCUGGAGAAGGAAUUAAAGCUGUUAGCUAUCAUGCUGGAUUAACUGAUAAAAAAAGAAAUGAUGUUCAAAUGCAAUGGACUUCUAAUAAAUCAAAUGUAGUUUGUGCUACAAUAGCUUUUGGCAUGGGUAUUGACAAGCCAGAUGUACGUUAUGUUAUACAUUAUUCACUACCACAAUCUAUUGAAGGUUAUUAUCAAGAAUCUGGUAGGGCUGGACGAGAUGGUGAUGUUGCAUACUGUUUGCUGUACUAUAAUUAUUCAGAUAUGCAUCGUAUUAAAAAACUCAUUGAAAUUGGAGGUGGGGCUACAUAUGAAACAAAGAAAGUACGCUUUCAUAAUCUCUGUAGAAUUGUAUCAUAUUGUGAAAAUAAAAUGGAUUGCCGUCGUGCUUUGCAACUUAAUUACUUUGAUGAACAUUUUGAUAAAGCUCAGUGCAUUGCUAAUGAGAUGACUACUUGUGACAAUUGUCGAAUAAAGCAUUCCAUAAAAUUAAUUGAUGUUACAGAAGAAAGCAUUAACCUAAUAAAAGCCAUUCAAAAAAUCUGUAGUUCCGGCAAUAAUUUUACAUUUAACCAUUUUGUAGAUAUUUUCAAAGGAAAAAAAACUCCAAAAGUGGUGUUACAUGGUCAUGAACAUUCUAAUAUAUUUGGCAAGGGUUUACACUGGGAUAAACAUGAUAUAGAACGAUUAAUACAUAAACUAAUACUUGAAGGUUAUUUAUGCGAAGAAAUGGUUGCAUUUAAAUCAGAUAUUAUGAAUGCAUACAUUCGGAUAGGCCCUAAAGCAGAAACUCUUCUAGCUGGACUUAUCAAGUUAUCACUUGCAUUUAGUCCAAAAACAAAUUUGAUAGACAGUAAAAUUGUUAAUGUUAAAGAUAAUACGAUAAAUCCAAUGCUUGAAGAAAUAAAAGAAAAAUGCUACACUAAUUUAAUGGAUACAUGCCGUGGUUUAGCUGAAUCAUUAGGUAUCAAUACAAAUGCUGUUAUGACUGUCCAAGCAAUUCGUUCAAUGUCACAAUUAAUGCCUGAGACUGAAGAUGAUAUGUUGAAAAUUGAUGGUGUGACAAAAUCAAAUUUUGAAAAAUUUGGUCAACCUCUGUUAGAAAUUACACAACAAGCAGCUGCAGAAAAGUCAGUAGCAAUUAAAAAUACUGAAGUGUCUAGAGACAGCACUAGUAAUAGUGGAUAUUAUCAAGAAAAUACCGUUGAUUCUCCAAAUUAUGAAGAUAUGGUCAAUAGAAUGAUGGAGACUACAUGUAUCAGAGGAAGAAAACGAAAAACCACUUCUUCAAUUAAUAAAAGAACUAAACGUUUUAAAAGGAGUAAAGGAAAAAAAAGAAAGAAUAGUUCUAAAGGAACGUCAACUUCAACAAUGGCAAAAAUACGUAGUGCUGCCAUUAAACUGAAUGCUAAGUUACGUCCUACUAAAAAACCAGGAUUUUUACCAGUGCCAAAACCAGCUUAGACAUCAACAUUAAUUGAUAAUUAAAAAUGAAUAUGUUACAUUUUUACUUAAUAUCAAGAGAGUCCAGUUGCUGUUGUAAUAGGAGACUUUGGCAGGAGUGUGCGUGUGUAUGUGUGUGUAACAGACGUAUAUGGAUAGACAAAUGGCUAUCACACUGAAGUUGCUUAGGUGUAAUAAAAGUGUUUUCGACCCUAA